UGAAACAAUACUUCUCCAUCAUGCACCGGCACAGAGUAGAUCAGAGGAAGUUAACAAAUACAGAAAAAACUGAUGAUAUUUAAAGAAAGAGUUGUGAGCAUAUAAUGAAGCGGAAGACUGACAGAAACAGAAAAUGUCUGAUAAGUGUGAUCUGUGUUUGCUGGGACUGAUCAUUCUCUGCUCACUUCUCACAGGUACCAGUGGAGUGGAUGAGACUGAUGUGUUCAUCAGUUCUGGUGAAAAUGUCCGUCUGCCCUGUAAUAAUGCUCUUUCUGACUGCACAUCAACUACAUGGAUCUUUGACAGUUUCAGACAUGAAAAGACAGAUGAACUGAUUACUGGAGGGAAAAAGAAGGAAGACACAGAGAGACAUGAGAGACUGAGUCUGGGGUCUGACUGCUCUCUGAACAUCAAGAACGUCACAAAAGAAGAUCUAGGAUUUUACACCUGCCAACAAUACAUGAAUGACAAACAACAAGGAAAUGAUACACGUGUUUUAUUGCAUGUUCUUCAUGUUUCAUCAUCAUCAUCAUCCUCACAGACUGAGAUCAGUCCAGGUCGCUCUGUGACUCUCUCCUGUCAGUUGUAUCCAUAUGAUGGAGAAUCUUGUGAUCUUUGGGACCGUUCUGAGGGAAUUCAUCUGUUGUGGGUGAAUCAGGCUGGUGUUGAUCUGACGACAGACUCCAGAUAUCAGAUAUCAGCUUCAGGACUCUGUAUCAUCAAUCUGACUACAACACUCCUGAAGGAAGAUGACAACAGAGAGUGGAGAUGUCGGCUUACUCACAGAAAUCAAGUCGAGACCUCAGUCAGAUACACUGUCAAGUAUUCAGCUCAAGAUGAUUCAGUGACAGCAGUGAUUCCAGUCCACACCACAAACUCUCAGGAUCCCUCAACUAUAAAGACACCAGAAACUAAAGAUCCAGCUGUCAUCACAUCAGAAACUGGAGUCAGUAGGACUGCUGGAUCAUUAUUCAGAGUGAUUGUGAUGAUUGUUGAGAUCGCAGUGUUUGCUGCUCCUACUGUGAUUCUUCUUCAGAUCAUCUGUGCAAGAAGAGCUGGGAGGAAGAACUCGCAGCACCUAGAGGAAAUAGAGAUGCCUACAAGAUUACAAUAAAAUACUGCUGAGUUUUGAGCGAAUCUGCAAUAAUAUCUAAAAUAGCAAAAACUUAAAAAGGAUUGUUCAUUAAUUUUCUUCUCAGAAAAAAACCUCUAAGCACCCUGAAGAAAUAGUGAUACCAUCAUGUUUAGAUUAAUUUCUCAUUUAUAUGGAUUUUAUGGAUAUUUGCCUACAGUGUUCAAUGUAAUUUUCUAGUUUUUUUCAUUUAUAAACUGCUUUAAUUAUAAUAAUUACAGUAAUGGACAGACUCAGACUGUUUGUAUAAUCUUCUGUUGGAGCUGGUUUGGUGAUUCUAUUAUCUUGUCUGUUCGUUGCUGUUUUUAGCAUUUUAUUUUACAAUUUUGAAUGAUCGCUACUAAUUUUCUUAAUAAAACGUCUACAAUUGUG